AUGCCCUCUUUCGCUGAUGACCCCAGGUUCAGCAGGAUCGCCAAUGAUGCCAGUUACAAAGGUUGGACUGUUAGCACGCUACCUCUUGGAGGAUGGCUUGGGGCCCUCAUCAAUGGGUACGUUCUUGGCAAAGCCGGCCGGCGCUGGGCCAUUUGUGGCGCAUCUGCGGUCUGUCUGCUUGGAGCCAUCUUGACCACGGUGGCGAUGGCACCCUCGUACAUAUUUGCUGGACGGUUCUUCAUUGGUAUGGCAGUGGGAAUGAUGUCUACAGCCGUCCCUACAUUCGAGUCUGAGCUGGCUCCUCCCGAGAUUCGGGGAACUGUUGUUGGUCUAUUUCAGCUAGCGGUGACUCUGGGUAUCAUGGUUUCGUACUGGAUUGGGUAUGGUACGAACUACAUCAGCGACACAAGUUCUGCGUCUUGGCGGAUACCUCUUGCUAUUCAAUGCGUUCCGGCUCUGCUGCUCAUGUUUGGAAUUUGGAUCUUGCCCGAAUCACCACGACAUCUAGUAAACAUCGGUCAGGAUCAGAAGGCCUUGGAAGUGUUGGCAUAUGUCCGGAAACGAAGCAUAGACGAUGAACUCACUAAUCUAGAGUUUUUGGAGAUCAAGGCAGAAGCCAUUUUUGACAAAGAAGUCAUCAGUGAACGUUAUCCCGAUCUUAUCAAUAGAACUUGGCUCCAGGACGUGCAGAUCGAGAUGCUUGAGAUCAUGACAUUGUUUUCAUCAUGGGACUCUUUCAAACGGACGGCAACGGGAGGUCUCGUUAUGUUCUUUCAACAAUGGACAGGGAUCGAUGCCAUCGUCAACUACGCACCAACAAUUUUCAAAAGCAUUGGCCUUGCAGGGGAUACAACUUCACUUCUUGCAUCCGGUGUUGUAGGAGGCGACCCGAUCACUUUUUUCGCUACGAUCCCAGCAUUACAAUACAUCGACAAGUUCGGGCGCCGAACUCUCAUGCUCGUUGGGACUGUGGGCAUGAUGUUGAUGCUGAUAUUGGUGGCCGCGCUUUCUGCUUCAUUUGGGGAUGAUUGGGCUAGCCACCAAGGCGUGAGCUGGUUCACUGUGAGUCCCUCCCACCAAGCACCAUCUGAGAGCUCACUGUCAUUGCAUCGCUGCAGAUCAUGGUGUGUCAUUUCCGAGAUAUUCCCUCUAUCCACUCGUGGUCCUGGAGUUGCCUUAUCUGCGUCUUCGAACUGGAUGAAUAAUUUCAUCGUUUCUUACACUGUGCCCAUCAUGCUCGAUAAAAUUGGCUACAAGACGUACAUUGUUUUCAUCUGUACGCUCGCCCUUGGUGGAUUGUGGGUUAUAUUCCUCCUGCCAGAAACUCGCGGCAAGUCUCUGGAAGAGAUGGACAUCGUCUUCAAAUCCCGUACAGGUGUCAAAGAUGUAGAGCGUAUGCACGAAAUAUCGGCACGGAUUGGGCUUACCGAGCAUGCGAGAGGCGUAUCUCCAAGCCACAGCGACGAGGGGUUAAAGGAAAAGGUGGAUCAUAUGGAGUCUAUGUCUCCAGUUUGA